GCGCGAGUCACGUGGCCACGCAGUACGGGGUAGAGAGAAGUUUGCAGCGCUAGAGACUCAAAGGAAAACAUCGCUGACGGCGGAGCGGAUUCUGUAUGUAGACAGCGCGCCCGGUCCUCUGUCAUAGCUCGGCUAUAGCGCUCCCCCAGCACUGUCUGCCUGUCCCCCCCUUCCCUCAUUCUGUGUGCUCCCUGUCCGGCUUCCUGCCCCCCAUUGUCUGCUCAUUGUGAGGCUCACACGGAGCUCUCUGUCUGCUCCACUCGCCCCUUCCCUGCAAUAACCCAGUGACUCACUCUCCCUCCCUCCCUCCCACCCAUAUUAUAUUAUAUAUUAACCUGCCCAUUCUAUAUUAUAUUAUAUAUUAACCUGCCCAUUCUAUAUUAUAUUAUAUAUUAACCUGCCCAUUAUAUAUUAUAUAUAUAUAUAUAUAUUAACAUUGCUCAGCUUAUAGUGUUAUAUUCUUUAACACAAUACAUUGUGCCAUACUGAAUGCAUACUCCUGUCUUAUUAGGUGAAUACCUGUACAAUGUGCUACAUUACAUGACAUAUCACACCUGUACAAUGUGCUACAUUACAUGGCAUAUCACACCUGUACAAUGUGCUACAUUACAUGGCAUAUCACACCUGUACAAUGUGCUACAUUACAUGGCAUAUCACACCUGUACAAUGUGCUACAUAACAUGGCAUAUCACACCUGUACAAUGUGCUACAUAACAUGGCAUAUCACACCUGUACAAUGUGCUACAUAACAUGGCAUAUCACACCUGUACAAUGUGCUACAGUACAUGACAUAUCACACCUGUACAAUGUGCUACAUUACAUGGCAUAUCACACCUGUACAAUGUGCUACAUUACAUGGCAUAUCACACCUGUACAAUGUGCUACAUUACAUGGCAUAUCACACCUGUACAAUGUGCUACAUUACAUGGCAUAUCACACCUGUACAAUGUGCUACAUUACAUGGCAUAUCACACCUGUACAAUGUGCUACAUUACAUGGCAUAUCACACCUGUACAAUGUGCUACAUUACAUGGCAUAUCACACCUGUACAAUGUGCUACAUUACAUAUCACACCUGUACAAUGUGCUACAUUACAUGGCAUAUCACACCUGUACAAUGUGCUACAUUACAUGGCAUAUCACACCUGUACAAUGUGCUACAUUACAUGGCAUAUCACACCUGUACAAUGUGCUACAUUACAUGGCAUAUCACACCUGUACAAUGUGCUACAUUACAUGGCAUAUCACACCUGUACAAUGUGCUACAUUACAUGGCAUAUCACACCUGUACAAUGUGCUACAUUACAUGGCAUAUCACACCUGUACAAUGUGCUACAUUACAUGGCAUAUCACACCUGUACAAUGUGCUACAUUACAUGGCAUAUCACACCUGUACAAUGUGCUACAUUACAUAUCACACCUGUACAAUGUGCUACAUUACAUGGCAUAUCACACCUGUACAAUGUGCUACAUUACAUGGCAUAUCACACCUGUACAAUGUGCUACAUUACAUGGCAUAUCACACCUGUACAAUGUGCUACAUUACAUGGCAUAUCACACCUGUACAAUGUGCUACAUUACAGCACAUAUCACACCUGUACAAUGUGCUACAUUACAUGGCAUAUCACACCUGUACAAUGUGCUACAUUACAUGGCAUAUCACACCUGUACAAUGUGCUACAUUACAUGGCGUAUCACACCUGUACAAUGUGCUACAUUACAUGGCGUAUCACACCUGUACAAUGUGCUACAUUACAUGACGUAUCACACCUGUACAAUGUGCUAGAUUACAUGACGUAUCACACCUGUACAAUGUGCUAGAUUACAUGGCGUAUCACACCUGUACAAUGUGCUACAUUACAUGACGUAUCAUAACUGUACAAUGUGCUAGAUUACAUGGCGUAUCAUACCUGUACAAUGUACAUUACAUGGCCUACCAUACAUGUGCCAUCUGCUAUAUUAUUUGUCAUAGGGGCCCUUUAUAUACCUGUACUAUGUGAUAUAUUACAUGACAGACUACAGGGGCCCCAUAUAUACACCCAUGCCAUCUGCUAUAAUACCUGACAUACCAGAGGGGGCCCUUACCUUUUUCUCUAUAGUGUCAAUGUUUGAUAAACCACCUAACAUGCAGAGCUAUGAUUCCCUGCCAUCCCACCCCAGAAUACCUGCCCUUGCAGCACCUUGGUUUUUUACCGUGAUUUUACUGUGCUCACACCCCCUUGUUUAUUAACCCAGAGUUCCCAUGCUCACAGCCUUCCUUGUUUAUUGACUCAGAGCUCGUGUCAUGCUCCUCCUUGUUUAUUGACUCAGAGCUCCUGUGUCAUGCCCUCCCUCCCCCAAGUUAUUGACCCAAUGCUCCUGCGUCAUGCCCCCCCCCCCCAUUUUUCUUUUUAAUUUUUUUUUUUUAUCAAUAACGUAUUAUUCACCUAACUUAAAUUCCCACUUCCCUUUUAGCUUCUUUUUUUUGUGUGUUGUCUCAUCAUCAUGUCUCCUUAAAGGACCACUAUAGUGCCAGGAAAACAUACUCGUUUUCCUUGCACUAUAGUGCCCUGAGGGUGCCCCCACCCUCAGGGACCCCCUCCCGCCCGGCUCUGGAAAGGGGAAAAGGGGUAAAACUUACCUUUUUCCAGCGCUGGGCAGGGAGCUCUCUGCCUCCGAUCCUCCUCCUCGCUCUCCCCGCCGAUUCAAUGCUUUCUAGGAUCGCUAUGCGUUUCCUCACUGUGAUUUUCACAGUGAGAACACGAAGAAUUCUCUAGCGGCUGUCAAUGAGACAGCCGCUAGAGGCUUUGGGGGAAGGCUUAACCCAUUUAUAAACAUAGCAGUUUCUCUGAAACUAUGUUUAUAAAAAAAUGGGUUAACCCUAGCUGGACCUGGCACCCAGACCACUUCAUUAAGCUGAAGUGGUCUGGGUGCCUAGAGUGGUCCUUUAAGGGCUGAUGCGUGACUCUCAUCCUUACUGUUACUCUCGUUUUCCCCUGUUCAGUUUAUGACCACCCAAUGCCUCUUUAUGCAUGCUGAUCUCACUCAGUGCUGGAUUGACUUGUGAGGUACCCACACUGCAAUUAGUGUAUCUGGUAGCAUUGAUGUGAAAAUUAACAGUAAUCUUGCUGUGACAGUGUUGAGACGUCUUUGUCUAUGAUCGGGUUGGAUAAAUUUGUAAUUUGAACGGUAUCUUGGUCUACUCUGCUCUAUAUAAAGACUUGAUCUCUGUUAAAACAACAAUAGGUGGCAUAGGGAAAUUCCACAAAAGCUUUCUAACAAAUAUUUAAUAAUUUCUUACUUUAAACAGGUGGUGGGAACAUUGGCCUGCCACACCUGCACAAAAGAUGAUUAGAGGUAUUCAUUCUAUUUAUACAGCAUAUUGAAUUUAUUGCAAGGUUCUCUGUUACUGGAGAUUAAAUUAGCUUUAAUGGCUAUAGCUCAGCUAAUGGGCAGGGCGCUCUUUACCGUUUAUUAGUCUGUAUAUUGUAAUGUAUUCACCCCCACUCCCAAUUGUACAGUGCUGUGGCAUAUGUUGGCAUUUUAAAAAUGCCAGUGAUCAAUGUUUUCGAUGGGGGUUGCAGUCACAUGACCGAAUGUUAUUUAGUUACUGCAUUAUGAAGGACCUUUAGUGGCUGUCAAUGUGACAGCCACCGGGGGUGUGUUUAACCCUGCAAUGAAAGCAUUGCUUCACAAAUUCAAAAAUCAAGAAGUUCCUGAGUGAUCCAGGGUAGCAGGGAGGUAUGGGACUGUAAUAUCCCAAAUUACUAUUUAUGUGAGUAGCAAAAGCCAAACACCUUCUUUUAUUUUUAUUUUUUUCACCGUUAUUAGCACUUAUAGUUGUUUGCCUGCAUCCAUUCAUUCUGUGGUGUUUUAUAGUUUUGAUAUUGUCUUCUUGAUUUGUAUAGUUUAUUUAAAUGUUAUCUGUAUCGAAUUGCGUACGGUCAAGGUCUGCACUGUGUUUGUGUAACAUUUUGUUUAAAUUCAGCCUUCAUUGAUUUUCUAAAGUAAUACAAAGGUUUGUGUUAGUCAUACAAGACCUGGGAAUUAAUGGUAACAUUAGACCCAGUUGAACUUUAUUUAGUCUUUUGCAUUUGUUAUUAUAAAUAGCUCUGCCUCCCUGCUACGGUAGUAUGAACAAACUUGUGGAAAUUCUUUGUGUUUUUAAAACGACGCUGUAAGCACCAUAACUACAUUUCACUGAUGUGACUCUAGUGUCUGGACUCACCUGAUGCUGUUCAACCGUUCAGUGUUGAACUGUUUUGGAACUAUUUGACACUAUUUGAUGGAUAGUGGGCUCUCUGGAAAUUACAUGUGGUGUCUUAUUUAUUGAAUAAAACUCUACAGAAAUGUCCUGGGUGAAUUAGUUUGGUUUGGUGUGUAUUAAAAACCGACUGGACAAACCGACUGAAAUAAAUAUUUGCUACAGUAUACUAAACAUUAACUUGUGGUAACAUAUGAACCAGCUUGGAAAACUUUAAAGGACACUCCAAACCCCUAAAGAACUUUAGCUAGCUAGAAAGUUUUAUGUGUGAAGAGUGUGCCCUAUUUUUGAAUUAAAAAAAAAAAGAAGCAGAUUUCAAUAGAAAUUGACACUUUUCUAAAUCAUACUAGAUAAACCCCCUUUGACUUUCAAGCAGGCAACAGGUCCUGUUACUUCCUGGUUUGGUUAGCAUAUUUGCACUUAACUCAAAAGGCAUUAAUUGCCCAGAGCAUCUGCCUUGCAAGAUUUCCCAUUGAGCUGCAUUGGGAUGUCUGUGAUUGGACAGCCACAGAAAGUUUGGGCGGGGCUAGAAGAGGAGGGUUUAUAAAGGCAGUAGACAAGAGAAGUGCGGUUUUUGCAAGCUGAUUUUAGAAAUAUCCCCAAUGAAAAAAAAAUCAUAAUUAAAUGCUUGCACGUUUUCUAUUUGUGGUGUAUAUCUACUAAACAGUGAUUUUUAUUUAUUUUGUAUUUGGGCAGUAAAAUAUCCCUUUUAAAGGGUUACGCCAACCAACUUCUGUUUUUAAAACUGGUCAUAAAGGAAGGAAUCUUUAUGUGCAUUGUGUUUGCUUGAAACUCGGCACAUGCAGAGAAAUAUGCACUUUUGUGCAGAGGGCUAGUUACACCCUCAGCACAUUUGACUUGGGCAGCCCAGAACCCUGUUCACAAAAAUGUGUGUAUUUGCCAUUGUCCUCUGUGUGUAACUAUUACGUAUGUAUUAUAUUUUUACUUUGUGACUUUAUAAUUCAGAUUAAUAUUUCAGACACUCCUCCUUACAUGCACAAUAUUAACAUUAUGUCAUUUAUUUUAAAUAUUUUCUUAUGGGAUUAAGUUAAAUAUUAGUGUUUUCACAUUUCAAUUUCACGUUUCAAUAUAAAUCAGUAGAUAUUACUUUCUCGAGACAGAGGUACUUAAGAAUUUUUCUUAGACCUGCAGGGCUACUGCUCUGUAAAAUGGAAACAUUGAGAAACACUGGUUUAGUGGAUAGGCCUCAGAGAGAAUAGCUGCACUUGGGAGGAUGAAUUCUUAUGUAAAGAAAGCUCCGACCAUAUCACCUUUGUCCUUCUUGCGUUUCUGGUUAAGACUUUUACUUAUGCCGUAUGAAGGUAUUUAUGGAACUCAGCAGUUCCACAAACCUGCAUAACACAUUACUCUUAUGUCUAACUACUUCUAGACAGCAAAGUGAACACAACCCUUAGGCUUGUCUUGUACCUAUUAGUAUUGGUUCUAAUCUUUCUUCUUAACAGGGUUGAUUUUUGGUGGGAUUUUCAGAUACUUUUAACAAAAUACAGUAUUCGUUUUUUAUUUUUUUUGGUAUGUUCUGUUACUGUCCGUUGUGUGCCUCCAAGAUGACUGGCCAAUCCAAUGUUCCUAAUAUAGGAACAUUGGGGCACGUAGGCACAUGCGCGGCGCUCACCAUGAUGCGCCUACAAUUCUUUCACAGAGAAUCAUUGUAUUAAAUGAUUCUCUAUGGCCGACCGUGACUGCGCAUGCACACAACGUCACAGUAUGAGACUCCGGAAGUACGAUUUCUGGAUCUCAUUCUCAUAGUGCUUGGAGGCGUGGCUUGAAACUGCGCUUCCAUAGCUUCUAAUUAGCUUAAUUUUGGGUUUUGGAGGGAAGGACAGGGGGACAGGACUGCAGGUACUAUAACUUCAAUAAGUGUCCCUUUAAGCCUUGAGCUCCACCAUUUUGUCAUAAUUGUCAAGCAUAGGAAAAAUACAUAAGACAAAGUAGUCUGUACUUUGUCUUGUUUUUUUUUUUUUAAGAGAAAUAGAUCAGAAAAGAAGAGCAGAUUCAGAAAGAGAAAACAGGAGAGAGGUAAGUUUUGAGGUGAAAGCCAUUUUAUUCUGUUUGAUAAGACUACAGCUGAGGUUUUCCCAUGUCUGAUCUUUUUUGCCUGCAUUUUGCCAUUUGGAUUUGAUUCAAUAAAGUUUAGUGAUAUUCUUUUGAAAUUGAAGCCUUUAGUGAUGCAAUAGCACAUUUGACAGCAUGUUACUAAAAUGCAGUGUUUACCUCUGUUAAUUUUAGUUUGUUCAGCUGUGUAACGGAUAAGAAUGAGUUUGUUGUUUCUUUGGAUCAUGAUGCUACCCAUACCUCAUAGAAAGUUUGUACUGUAGCGAAAAGUUUAUUUUGUGGAGUUGGAGUGCCUACAUUUUGUUAGAGUACUCUAGCCGAACGAUAUUUCCAUGAAGCAGUGUUAUUUCUUGGUAUGUGUAUAACAGUUCCAGGGUGCAGUAGUUGUGGCAUUCAAAAAUUCAACAUGACUUCAAAGCUUCUCAUAAGACUGAGAUUAGAUUCAACUGUCCUGUGUUCCUCUCCAUCCUUGAAGUUUUUGUUUGUUUUUAUUUGAACAGUGAAGCUGGUUAACCAGAAAGUCUUAAUGUACACAAUGCUAAUUUCAUAUGAACAGUAUACCCAUUAAUAUAGCUUAAAGGAAUACUCCAAGCAACAUAAUCACUCCAGCCUGCUGUAGUGGUUAUGGUAUCAGGAGUUCCCUGGCGCUGUCCUAGUGUAAUAUAUCCAACUGUUUUUUGUUUUUUUUUACAGUUUUACAACAUACUCAGUCUGUCUAUUCCUACAGUAGAAGGCGGAACUCUCUAUUAGACCAAUCUAGGACCACACUCAUUGGCUGAGAGAGCAUACUUGCAUAGGCCUAACGGUCCAGGUUCACUUUCAGGAUAUACUUUAAUACAACACGGACAACUGCAACUCACCACUAGUUUAUCUGCUUCUCAAAACUAUACUCAUCAGUCCGUUGUCCAUAACUAAUAUAUUUUUGCUUCUCGUAACUUCCUUUGCUCAGUUUUGACUAAACGUGUUCUCCUUUCUGCUCCCUAUUAUUGGAAUACCCUACCCUUCAGAUGUCUCCAAGCCAUCCCAACUUCAGUGUCAAACCCAAAUUGCUCUUACACUGUACAUUACAUUAAUGGGAUUUAUAUACUGAUUUCAUAUUUUGUUUAUUGCAGUAUUGUCACAAAUUGAUCAUCUUACUAUAUGUAUGCCCCCACACCCCUCAAUUCAAAUUUGGGUUGCUACUAAUUAAAUAACUUUUUAUUGUUUUUAGUAUUGAUUGUGUGUGUCCUGGUUUUGUUUUGAUGAGGGAGCUGUAUUAGUGUAUUUCAGGAGUCCUCAUCAUGCCAAGAAGGAUGCUAACGCCUCACAAGUCUGUUUUCUCUUACUCCCGGCCCCCAAAGUGGCUAAAUGGUCCAAUUACCAUGAACUCGGCCAGAUGUGGGUACCGCGUCUUUUCCGCCAACUCCAGCGCAGUGUGUAUGGAACUGGCCAAGAAAAUCACAGAGUAAGUGCCUGGUAGUGGGGUAAAAGUUUAUAAUAUAGAAGUAAGAUUGCAUUUUUAGGGGGGUGGGGUGCAAAAUAAACUCUUGUUGGCACCCAGACCACUUUAUUGAGAUAGAAUGGUCUGGGUGCAUAUAGUGUCUAACAAUUAAAAAAUGUAAUCGCAUAACACAUUUUAAUCAGAUGACAAACAUUUUUUAAAAUGUACUUUAAAGGACUGUUUCCAUCUGCAAAACAUGCAGAUGGAAGACUCCAGGUUAGCUAGAUUUUUACGUCUAAACUCGAACACAGUUUUUAAGCUAUGUAAUAUGCAGAGGAAUAUGUUGUUGAACCAUGGAGUUAAUUGCUUACACCUCCUGUUCUUUAUGUUUCUGGUAAUAUAUGUAACUUUCCCAGUACCAAGGAGCAUUUUAACUUGCUAAAAUGUUUUGUGUGAAGAGUGUCUUCUCCUUUAUUUUUACAGAAGAAAUUGGCAUUUUAUAAAUUAACCUAAUUACACCCCCUGGCUUUCAAGCAGACAACCCGUCCUACUACUUCCUGGUUUGUUUGCUCAGUGGAGUUAAACUCAAGAGGCAGCAAUUGCUCAGAGCACCUGCCUUGAAAAGACUUUUCAUUGAGCUGCAUCGGGAAGCCUGUGAUUGGACAGUCUCAGAACGUCUGGGCAGGGUUAGAAGGGGAGGGUUUAUAAAGAGAUCUUCAUUUUUGCAAGCUGUUUUUAGAUAUACUGCAAAUGAAAAUAAUUAUAAUUAAAAGCAUGGAUGUUUUCAUCGUGGGGUAUAUCUACUAAAAAUUAAGAUUUAUAUUUUUUUUUAUUUAAGCAGUGGGAGUGUCCCUUUAAACUCUUUAUCAAGAUUUGUCAUGUGUUGGAAAAAUGCAUGAACCAAAGUAGUCCCUCUAUUUAUAUUUUGAAGAGUAAUAGAAGAAAUAAACAGAUUCUGAAGCAGAAGAGGAGAGGAAACAAUAGGAGAAACACAAGUUUUAUUUGACAGAAUCACUUGAACUAAAUCAUUAAUAUUCAUCAGAUGAGUGUUUACUCCACACAGUGCCACUCCAAACAUAUUAUUGUGAACUGCAUUUCGGAGAAACAGACGUUGCGGAAGGAAGCCAGGUGGUGUCAAGUAAAAAAAUAUUUUACUUUAAAUAUUGCAGAUUUAUUAAACAUACUGGUGGGGAUGAUAUCAAUUCGCAUGCAUAGCGUAGGAAAGUGACAGGCCGAAUAGUUGUAAAGGUUUUUACUUUAACAAAAAUUAUAUUUUCUGUUUUUUAUUUCAGGCGACUGGGUGUAGAACUGGGAAAAGCAGUUGUUUACCAAGAAACUAAUGGAGGUGAGAUUAAAAAAAUAUUUCUCGAUCUCUUCCACUUUGUGGGAUUUAUGAAGCUGUGUUUUUUUUCUUUUUGUUGUUUGACUUUCUUUUCACCUGCAUGUGAUCUACUUUUUUCAGAAACCAGAGUUGAAAUUAAGGAAUCAGUCCGUGGCCAGGACAUUUUCAUAAUACAGACUAUCCCAAGGUAAGUUGCCAGCUCCAGUCUUUCUGGUUUUCAUUAAGUAGUAUAAAAUAAAUAAAUCACACUUUAAUAGAUGUAACCCCAAUAAAAAUGUGCAUGCAUUUCAUUAUGCAUUUUUUUUAAUUGCGGGUAUAUCUAAAACAGCACUGCAAGCCCUCCCCUUUUAACCAGGAACAGACUCUCGGUGGCUGUCCAAUCACAGACUUUCCAAUGCAGCUCAGUGAGAAACUUUGCUCUGUGCAGUUGCUGACUCUUGAGUUCAGCUCCACUGAGCUGAUCAAACCAGGACGUAAAAGAACUGGUUGUCUGACAACCAAGGGGGUGUCAUAAGGUUAAUUUAUUAAAGUGGCAAUUACUAUUAAAAUCUGCACUUUUGUAAAAUGGGUGAAAAAGGACACAUUCUUUAUGCAUAAAACAUUUCAGCAAGCAGAAGUGCUUUAGGGUAUAUACACAGGAAAAAAUAUUAUAAAAAUAAAAAACUAAUAGAAAAUCAAAACAUAGUGAAUAACUGUCUGACACUAGAUAAUAAAUUAUUCCGAUUGUCCACUCAGUUAUUCAGUCAAAAUAUGCCUUGAGAAAAACCUGCAAUAGAGUGCACAAGUUAUGUUCUAUAGAGGUCUGGAGUGUCCCUUUAAGCAAUUAGGGUAUUUAUGACUGUGAAUUGAAUACAAAAGGAAUAUUUUUUGUUUCCAUAACCCAAAUGCUUCACCAUUUUCUUUGUGUAUGUAGCAGAAGGGGAGAGUACCGUGAUGGAAGAUCCAUUCACAAAAAUGUUCCAUUGAUGAAGUCAUUGCCCCGGGAGGCUUCACAAUAUGUUACCAUACCCAGACACUCCAGGGUAAACAAAACAAGUUCUCAGACAUGGUUGAGGUUUACAGCUCAUAAGAAAAUUGAGUUUAUAGCACAAGCAAGUCUCCACUGUCGCCACCUUGUGCCUUACCUUUUGUUUUCAACACACAUAUUGACACACAUAUUUUAUUUAUUCUUUUUACUGGGCAAGGUACUUUAUCAUUGGAUGUCAGCAAUAGUAGUUUUAAAACAUUAAUAGGAGUCAGAGUGUAAUGAAUGCAUAUGUAAAAGUAACGUGCACAGAAAUCAAAGUAUAAAUCCGACUCCCAUGUUGGGAAAAUAGGACCCAAAUAGACAGGGUCCCCAUCAUCAGCAAGAGUCUGAAUGCAUUGCCUGCUGAGCCAGCUCCCCUGACAGCCAGAUCAGUGUCUUGGAAGGGAGCUGUCACUUGAUGAUGGUGGGCUGUGCACUAGGGGUCUUCCACUUAAGGCUCUUGGCCCAAGUAUGUGGCAACAGGUGUUGGACAUCCCAGAGAUCCGGUAUAAAUGAAAUAGCUUGCAAAUCCUCCGAAAUCUCCCAGAACGUGAAGAUAGGAGCUAGAGCCUUUUUUCCUGGGCAAGACCAUCCAGUGGUCUUAUGACAUUCUGCAGUAGACUUUGAGGUAGGUCUUGGCCCAGCCAUUUUAGCUGAGACAGCUACUGUUGGCGAAUUACUUUCAACCAAAUAUUGGCAAACUAUUUGUCCAGCUGAGUCAAAGCUUCAUAUGGCAGGUCUGGUUUCGGAGAAGAUCAAAGUAGGAUCCGCGCUAAAAUGCCACAAAAUUAAAAAGUAUGUGUAUUGUACAGACGGCACACCUACGGACAAGGGGUAAUUAAAGAUAGAACAGAAAACGAGAGAAAGGGCGUGCCUUUAAUGCCUUUAAUGUAAAUAUAUUGUACAAAUAAAAUAGUAUAGUCCAGAUAACUUAGCAAUAGUCCAGAAUAGUAGAGUCCACAAUGGAAAGGAAAAUUCUUGCAGAGCUGCAGUGAUUCGUCACGGGUGUAGACUUGUAAUUUCAGUUGAACAUAUGAAAAAGAAACAGAAAAACGGAAAUCCAAUGGUGCAUUAUGUAAAUAUACUACUCACAAUUUCCAGAGCUACAAUCCAGCUCUGGUAUGAAGGGCGUGAAGUGGAAUGAUCCCCACUCAAGGAUAUAUGGAGUAUAACUUGAAAUAUAGUAGUCCAAAUGGCGGUAUGGUUUUCGGCCGAGAAUAAAAAGAAUAAAAUACAUAGUGCUCACUGUAUAUCACUGGAGUAAAAGCGUAAAAAAAAAUGAAAUGUAUUCACAAUAUAUUGAGAAGACUCACUGCUCGAUGUAUAGCGUAUGGGUGGUACAAUCCCCACCUAUGGAUUCUUUUGGCGUCUCUUUGGAUGGUAAAAAACAAUGUAGUCAGGCUAAGGAUAAAAUAAUAUAAAUAAAACGAUAAAAUAAAAAAGGAAAGUGGCAACCAAAAUAUUUAGAGCCGAAAUCCCUUUAUUAUAACAAAAUAAAAACUUAUUAAAAACUAUUUCUAGAUGCGUUUCGCCUACAACAGGCUUCUUCAAGUAGAAAAUAGUAAAAACAUAGACCUGACAUACAUAGCUUUAUAUAGGGUACAUUAAUUGUAUUGGAAUUCAAAUGUUCCCGCCAAAAUGACGUAAUUAUGAUCUUAAUUAAAAAGUACAUAUCAAAAACGAACAAUAAUUAUACACACCAUAUUUAAAUACAAUAGGGAGAAUAUUUGUACAUAUAAAUAUUAACGAGGUGCUAAUAUGUUAAAAACUAUAUAAAGUAAAAAUCACGUGACGCUCGACUGGUUUCGGAGAAGGCCUGUGCGCCAGACAAUGCGUUGCUCAGAUGUUAAAAGGGUCAAGGAUAUUUGCCAAGAUGACUCUCACAGGCAGCGGGGGGAAACAGAGGUCUGUCCUGAUCCUCUGGCUUCAUGGAGAAUGAUAGUGGAGAGAUCGGCCGCAUCUUCCACACUUGUGAUGUCAGGCAAACCUAAGAUAAGCCUUCAGUUUAACCCUGAAGGAAUCUGCCCAGACUAGUCUGAAAUGUCUUGAACAGUGAGCUUGCAGGUAUAUUGUCACCAGUAGCUUGCCCCCUAUCUCGAGUAAAUUGUAGUAAAAAAACGUAAAUUGAACUUUAAUCAUACAAAGUAGGCCCCUGCUGGGUCUAGAAGGCCAUUAACAGUGUAGGAUAUAAUACAUUUUAAAUUAAAUAGAAUUUGCAAUAAGGGAAUUGUAAACAUGAAAUUUCUCUUUACAGGAAGUGUUUAGGAAAGCCUUGUUGUUCACGUGCAAGGAGGUCUGCCUAGAGCUGCCUAAACAAAGUGUUUUAGCUCAUACAUGAAAGCGAAUUGAGCAGUGAGACUGCAGGGGCAUGAUCUAUACACCAAAACCUCUUCAUUAAUCAAACGUUGAUAUGAUGACUAUUGCGUCCCUUUAAAUUACAAAUGUUAAUUGUAAUUUAUUGACAAGUAUCGCUUCUAACAUGAAGGAGAAAGGAAACUCUCAAAAGCUUGUUUCUUAAUAUGUAUACAUUUUCAUUAUAAUUUUAGCUCCUUUUAGAAAAUGCAAACAUUUUACUUACAAUCUGCUUAUAAAUUGCAGUGGUAAAACUUAAAAUAAUGCAGUAAUGUAGGUCAUAAUCAAAGGCAUGUGAAAUGAAUAGGAUAAAAUACUCACAGAAUAGGCUACUUCAAAAAGAUGCUACAGAAUCCAAAAAUAAACAGUUGUUCAUAAAAAGAAACAAACCAAAAAAAAAAGCUAAAAUACCCCUUACAAAGCAGACUGUGCCAGUCACCGAUAUCCUCAGCUGCAUCUUGCAUGUAUGUGACUACACUGAAGCUUUUCUAUUCAUGCCUGGACUUUGGGUCUGUGGGAUAAUUGUCAGUAAAACUGUGCCUGCUACAGUUCAGACAAGCCUUUGUUUUCUUGGGGAUCAUGGGAGGAUGUAUCUGUGGCAAGGGGGUAAACCAAUCUUUUGAGGAAUAUAGCUCCGACUGAAAUGAGAGCGAGAGAGAGCUGAUAAAUCUAAACGGUUCUGAUACAGGGUGCACGUUUAUAGUCUUCCUCUGCAAAGGUGCCUUUGUUUCGCAAUUUCCUCAUUCCAUGUGCCUCAAAAGGGAAGUGUUGAAAACCCUGUUUAAGAAUGUCAUAAAAUAAUUACCUAGACAAAAACAUUGCUUAUGGACUUAUUUCUGCUAAGGAAACCAUUUGGGUUAUCCCCAUAGUGUUCAUUCUUGAUUUAGAAAACAGAACAAAUUCAUCUUUAAGAAACCAUUCUACAAUCUAUUUCUUCAGGCAUACAGAUUUUGAACAAGGAGGAUUAUAUGGCAUUGAUCCGAAAGAUGCUUAUUCAUACGUGUGCACUUUGCAGUAACCGUAGACAAUUCUUCAUCUGUUUAAAAGUUUCUGAUGAGCAGUUAACAUGGCAGUAGAUCGUAAUUUCUUUAAUAUGUUGGAAAGUAAAGGAAAGUGCAUGGACGUAUAACUUAUUUUUCAAUGAUAAUCCUUUAACCACAUCCGUGCUGUACUUACAAAUUAAAAGGUCACCUUGGCCCCAUAACUUCAUCUCAAUUAUGUUUUUAUGGGGGCUGGAGUCUCGAGGCACCACCUAACCUUACAGUGUUAAACCAUUUUCCAGCACUUUAACACCAAAAUUCUGUUACUCCUCACUCCUCCUAUUAAGCUGCUCUGUUAAUGGUGAAGCAUUGACUUGGAGGCUUGUAACCGGCUGAGAACAUCAGCUAACGCUUUCAGCCAGUCACUGCCCAAGUAGCAGCCAGGAGGCAUGACUGCACAGAACUUGUUAAGCCAUUUUUAAAACGUUUAAACUUCUUUAGGGUAAGAUGGCGAGAUGAAGUGGUUAUCAAGAUGUAGUGUCCUUUUAAAAAAAAAAAAAAAUCCUUUAAAAAUAUUGGUUGCACUAUACAUAUUAUACACUAAUGUGAGCAUUCAAAGUGAAUUUCAAAUUUAAGUUCAAGGUAACAACUGUAAAUAAUUCUCCAAGUCAGCUAUGCUUCCUGUUUGGCUUUUUUAGACUUAAAUUUGAUGUUCAUUUCAAAUUCUCGUUAAUGAGUAACACUGUUAAUUUUGUCCUUAACUGAAACAAAUGGAUGUAUUUCUGAAAGGAUUAUCUCUCGUUAUAUAGCCGUCUAGGUUGCAGUGUUAAUUUUGGGGGCAAAUUUCUAUUUAGUUGUAGUUUUAGUCGACUAAAUCUUCAGUAGAUUUUAGUCGACACAACUAAAAUCAAAUGGAUUUAGUUAAAGCCUCUAUCUGUCUCUUUUGCCCUUUCCCCAGCCCCUCAGUGUCUCUUUGUGUCCUCCCAGCCCCUCUGGGUGUCUCUCUCCCAAGCCUUGGUCUGUCUCUUUUGCUCCUUCCACAGCCUCUCUGUGCAGUGUUCGUUUUGGCAGCAAAUUUCAAUUUAGUUAUAGCCCUAGUCUUUUGACUAAAAUGCUGCUUUUGUCGUAUUUUAGUCAUCUGAAUUGAUUUUGUUUAAGUCUAUUUUUAGUCGAAUAAAUCUCAACUAAAAUUGUUAGUCGACAAAAUUUUAAACUAGGUUGAUAAAAGACUAAAGUCAAUCAAGUUCAUCUGUGAAAGCCCAUUCUUUUAUGCUAUUGAUCCAAAAGAAGGCAAAAAAAACACAAAACUUUUGUAGCCAUUACCAAUUAUGCCACAAAAAGGGGGAAAGAAAAUUCCUUCUUGACUCCGUAAUGGCAAUUGUUACUGUAUAAAAUGAUGGCAUUCCUUCGGGGCUGAGGCAAGUUGUGUAACCACUGGAAUGUUGCCUUUCAAGGGCUGUUGUUCUGAACCUCUUAUGUUUCAGUCAUUUUCUUUCCAGUUGUAAAACUUCUGACCUUGUAGACAUUUCAGCAGUCUCCUGUGAAUAGCUUUGGUUUACUUGGCAAGAGUAACUGUAUUCUAUUUAGCUGUGCUACCUCUGCUGAAUGGCUCCCUGUGACUUCACAGUGUUUAUGUGAAGACAGAGCAUACAGCAGGAUGUACAGAUAAGAAUCCUAGUAUUAGCCUCAUCCCUCUGCUAUGCACAGCUGUCAUUGACUGGGGAUUAGAUCUGACAUUAUUAUCUUUAGUAUGGCACACAAGUACUGUGACCUUGAGAUGCAAUUAAAGCCGUAACCCUUUUGCUAAUCGUGCAGGCCUAAUACUUGAUAAUGUCACAAAAUAUGGGGUGUCCUAUUAAACGAAAAAAUGGAGUAAGAGAACAGUAUUCCAGACAUCUGCUCCAUCGGAGGAGGUGUAUGGGAAGAAGUACAACUUAACAUAGGAUAGUAACAAAACCAAAAAUGAAAAACCUUUAUUAGAACUAAAAAGUUGAGCCACUAUAUCCACCAAAGGGUCUCUAAAUAGGAGAAAAUAGUGUCUAUAUACCAGGUAGGAGGUGUAACCCUAUAGGACAGAUCAGGAGCGCAGAAAUAAAUCCACUCGGGUUAAAUGUCCUUCUGACAAUCAAGUGCUAGUAUGGGAUAGAUGGAAACACAGGGGUAUAGUCUGCAUAUCACUCAGAAAAUAUGUUAAACAACUCAUCCAAUGGAUAGCAAUCGAUUGGAAAUUUGGGUUGAGUACGCAAGAAGCAGAGUUCCUGCAAGGCAAAUAUUGAAAAAAAGCAAAAAUGCUAUAAAAAAAAAAAGAUAAAAAUCAAUAAUUCUAUUAAAUGGACUAGAACACACGAUAAAACUUCAGAACCUUUUCCGGCAGUUCUUGUUUUAUAUUUAUAAAGUCCUUUUAAAUAAGCUACAUGCUUUGCCCAGUGGUAGAUUCAAGGUGUGUGUGAUCCGCUCUUUUUAUAUGUUAGCUUUCCCAUAUUCUCUGCAGUUCGACAACUCCCAAAUUCACUUUGUGUUUAUGCAACUAUUCCCAAAAACAUAAUUGGCCUUUGAAGUAGAACAUUUCAUACGGGAAAAAUUCCCCAUUCCGAACAUACCUGGAAAGAGCUAAAAAAAACAAAAAAAAAACAGCCCUGUUAUGAUGUUUAUAUUUAUUUAUUUCUGUUUUUUUUUUCCUUAUGCCCCUUGUUUCUUAAUGAUUCUAACUUCCCUUUUUGCCAUUUUCCUCUAUUUUUAUUUCUUUUUGUAUUCAAUGCACUGAAUCUUAAUGCAUGGAUGCCUCCAUUUUGUUCUCCUCUGUCCAUGGUCUCUGCAGUUUGCCCUACUGUGGGAUUCUUUUGACUGAUGGUUUGUGGGUAAAUUAGCUUAGGAACUGAAACAGAACUUUGCUUAAACUCCGCCACGGAUCAUGCUCACCAUUAGAAAAGUAGUCCCUACUUUUUCUUUUUUAUAAUCAAAAAACAGAAAUAGAUAGGGGGGGGAAUUAAUUAUAAAAGUGAAACCUGCAAAGUGACAAAGCUGCUUUAAGUAUAAAUUCUUCCUUAACAGGAGUUUGAGUCUUGUAUUUAAGAUGUCAGCUUUCUACUGAAAGUUUUACAUUAAAAAAAAAAAGUACCACAAACUUUGAUGUAAUUUAUUCAUAGCUAGUUGUCAUCUAUGCAUGUGCAAAUCUAUUUUUUUUUUAUGAUUUUAAGCUAAGGGAUUUUCUGUUAACCAACACAACUUUAAUGCUUUGGUUGUGAAUGCUUCAGUUGAUUUGUAGUUCAGAUCACUCAGUGCUAUUGGUGGCUAUGCUGUGUACAUACACUUGAUAAGGAAGUAUUUUUCUGAUAUGAGUGGGUGUGGCAAUGUUAUGGUGCAGCAUUCUGCAAAACAUGUUUUUUGUUUUUUUUUUGUUUUGUGUGCAAAAACAAUUCAGAUUUGAGGAAAAAAGACCAAAAUGGUCAAAACCCAUCAAACUGAUUAAUAUUUUAUUGGUGCUUUUAUUGUAUGUUGUGCUCUGUACAGCUUACUAUUGAAAGCUUCACGACCAGAGAUAGACACAGAAUCAGUUGGCCUUCAUUCUUUAGAAGAUAUUAAAGGGACACUAUAGUCACCAGAACAACUACAGCUUAUUGAAUUUGUUCUAGUGAGUAGAAUCAUUACCUUCAGGCUUUUUUCUGUAAACACUGCUUGUUUCAGAGAUAAUGCAGUGUUUACAUUACAGCCUAGUGAUAACUUCACUGGCCACUCCUCAGAUGGCUGUUAGAGAUCCUUCCUGGGUCAUGGAUGCCUAAAAUGCAUCCAAACAUUCAGUAUCUCCUCCCUCUGCAUACAGACACUGAACUUUCCUCAUAGAGAUUCAUUUAUUCAAUUUUUCUCUAUGAGGAGAUGCUGAUUGGCCAAGGCUGUGUUUGAAUCAUGCUGGCUCUGCCCGAUCUGCCUCCUUGUCAGUCUCAGCCAAUCCUAUGGGAAAGCAUUAUGAUUGGAUCAGGCUACCACUUCUGCUGCAGUGGGCAUGUCUAAAGGAAACAGGGACAAAGCAUGCAGCUCCAGACUUGAAUAAAAGUAAGAUUUUACUAUGUUUAGAGAGGCAAGGGGUCUCCAGGGGGGGCUAGAUGGUGGUUUUAACCCUAUAGGGUCAGGAAUACAUGUUUGUGUACCUGACCCUAUAGUGCUUCUUUAAUGCAGCGUAAUAGAAUCUUUUGCACUAACUGUUGAAGGGACACUCCAGACCCCUAAAGUACUUUUGCUUGCUGAAAAGCUUUACGUGUAAACUAAGUGUGUUAAAUGUGUCAAUUCUAAAUUAACCUUGUUACACCCCAUGUCUUUCAAGCAGACCGUAAGUCUUGUUACUUCUUAGUUGUUUACCUUGGUGGAGUUAAACUCAAGAGGCAGCAUUUGCCCAGAGCACAUGCCUUACAAAGACUUCUCAUUGGGAAGUCUGUGAUUGGACAGCCAAAUAAAGUGUGGGCGAGGUUAGAAAUAGAUGGCUGGCAAAGGCAGCAGACACGAGUUCUGAAACUUUUGCAAGCUUAUUUUAGAUAUACUCCCAACGUAAAAAAGGGCCUACUAAACAGUGAUCUUUAUAAAUUUUGUAUUUGGGCAACAAGGUGUCCCUUUAAUGUUCAGAUUUCUUAUAUAGUGCCUUUUUUGUUUAAAAGCUAACUUCAAAUUCUUUGGGGGGGAAAAUUCUAUUACUUUAUGUCUAACACUAACUCCAACGGGGUUACCCCCAAAAGUGAUAACUGCCUGGAAUUCAAAGUAAUUUUUUUUUUUUUUUUAAUUAGACCAAAACAGGCUUGUUAGAAAAAUCUCCAAGUCCGUAAAAUUUGGCAAUUUUGGCCUUGCAUUUGAAAUUCACUUUGAAUUAGGCAUUAUUCUAGCUUCAGUGACCGAAUAAUCUAAAUUUUAUUAAAGACAGGAGGCGAAUAUUUGCUUUACUUUCUUUACUGAAUCCUCCCAGCAGCAAAGAAACAGUUAAACAAUUGAAAACAAAAUCAACCAAUCAGAAGACAGUAACAUGUGGCUAUGAGACUCCUCCCAACUCCUAUUUCUUGAUGCAGCCGAAACUUGAAGUCAACCGUGUAAACCAGAAAAUAGUCCGCAAAACACAAAGCGUAGUCAACCAAGUAAAUGAGACAUAGAGUCCACUGAAGAGACGAAUCAAGGAUGCCGUGAAGGACAAGAAUAAACUUCACAUUAGAACGAAAAGAAAGUUUGUGACAAGUAAUGUGUCAAUAAUUAUGCAAUACAAUAUACAUAUAUAUUAUGAAAACUAGAGUAAUCUAAACACAGUACAAUAAAACUAUGAUCAAAUGAUAUACGAGGCAAUUAAAAGGCAUUUAAGACCAUACCUGAAUAUUUCCAAGUGGAUGAAAUAAAGGGGUGGGACAUAGAAAGAUUUAAAGAAGCCAAUGGGUGGGAAAAUAUUCGCCUGCUGUCUUUAAUAAAAUCUAGAUUAUUCAGUCACUGAAGCUAGAAUAAUCCCUAAUUUUAUGGCCAGACAGGAGGCUUCAUAUUUGCUGUUUUAACGCCUGGAGAAAAAAGCAUGAGAUGCAGGUAGGAAAUAGAAGGUACGGAAAGUGGAUUCUCGUGACCAAUCAGCGGAAGAUAAAGACCCCUGGUGACUAAGGCGGAGGACGCAGCCAUGCCCUGCACAAAAUGGGCACCAAAAGACGCUUCAACGCCCGCAAGACAAAGAAGCCAUCUAAUCCAACGAACAAUCGUGGGACAGGACACAAGGUUAGAAGGACGAAUAUAAGAUACAAACAGAGGUCCCGAUGGAGCCUGAAGAGGGGAAAUAAGUAUCGCUGUAAGCAACAUAAAAAGAAGGUCAAUCUGGAAUGUAAGGAUAAAAAACAGGUGCAAAGACCCACGUCCUCUGAUCGAUCCUCUGUCUGUGAAGAGUUGUCUGUGAUAUGGGAGGGUAUAAUCCGAGUUCAAGGUUCAGUGGCACGAGGCCUAUAGCCUGUGAAGGCAGUACUACCGGUAGCUCGGCCUCUAUAGCGACUGGCCCUGCCAGAAAAAUUAUGAGAGCGGAUCACUCUGCGCAGGCAUGUUUGAGCUUUAUUAAGAGAGGUGAAAACAGAAACAUGUUUGUUGAGGUCUCUCAUGAAUUGAUCACCAAACAGGCCAUUAGCCUCUGGACUGAGUUCUUUAGAACUCAAAUCUGCCAACUUUGCGUCAAUCUUGUAUGACAUCUUUGUGUCGUUCAGUUGAAAUGGCUACAUUAGCAUUGCCAAGUAAACAUAAGCCCUCUGUGCCCAUUCUCGUACCAAAUGUGUAACCAAGGUACCGUCUUUAGAGCUUCAUCAGCAAGAAUAAAGAUUUGUAUAAUGGGGCCAGCGAUGUCAAGCAACUUGUUCUGAACUGCUUAUAGACCCUGUUCAAGGCUUUUGCAGGGGGUCUUUACCCGAGUUGCUUAGAAAGGUGAUCAGGAGAGGAUCAAAUUCAGGCGUGAGUGCCAUCUUGUCAGGUAUUGUUGGAUGUGGACAUUCUUCUAUCAUCUUACUCAGAAUCUCCUUUUCAAGAGACUUGCAGAGCCACAUUCUUCAGAAUUUAUGGUCUGAUGGGACCAACUCAGCUGAGCGGGGAUGUUUAAUGAUUCUGGGAUCGACUAAGGGUUGGCCACUAGGAUCUAGUAAGGUAGACUGAUCCUGGUCUUUGAGGGAUUAAUUGUGUUAGAGGCUUGGGAAACCAGAGGCUGAUUGACAAAAAACUCCUUGACAUAAGGAGUAUUAGCGUGUAGUGCAUCAGUGGGGGAUUCUUCAUCAGAAUACCCUGCACAGUACUCAUCCAUGACUUGUAGGUCGUAGUGGAAUGUGGAACCCUCUAGGGGGGAUCAAUUAUCUGUUGGCUGAGGAGGUGUGUGACAACCUCAGAUUUUUAGCCGGUGCCUUGCCUUUACCGGCUGAGGCACUCUUGCCCUUCCAGGGACGGAAGCCCCUUCAUGGUCAGAUCCUUUUAAUGUGAAUCCUCAGAGUCUGAGAAACUUGGCGUCAUAGGAUGGUUUGGAAACCGGAUUGGACUGUUCGUGGAAUGCUGCUAUGGCUUAGGCAAGAGGUCGGCCCUGAGGGGAGAAUCUAUAUAAUGAAGUAUAAAUAAAGAUGUAAUAACAUACAAUUAAAACAAUAUGUCAAAAAACUGAGGUACUUAAAAUAUACAGCACUAAGGCCAACGUAAUCAGAAUUGACUCACCUGGGAGGCAAGCAGCAAAGAGAGAGGAGUUGGGAGGAGUCUCAUAGCCACAUAUUACUGUCUAGAUGUCUUCCUAUUGGUUGAUUUUGUUUUCAAUUGUUUAACUGUUUCUUUGCUGCUGGGGGGAUUCAGUAAAGUAAGUGAAGCAAAUAUGAAGCCUCCUGUCUUGCCAUUAAAUUCACUUUCAGUACCUGGCAAUUGUCUCUUUAGUGAAAAACCCUGUGAGCAAAUCAAAUGUGUCAUUAAGAGCUAACCUGGAAUUCUAAUUCCUGAAGAAAAUGGAUGUGAUUAUUUUCAUUAUUUCAAAUUCACUAAGAAGUAAGUUUAUUUUUAGAUAUAGAAAUGGAUUGCUAUUAAAGGAACACUCCAAAUACCUGAAGCAUUUUAGCUUCCUGAAGUGAUUUGUGAGAAGUGUGUGCUUUUUUUUUUAUUUUACAAAAAGAGCUAAUUUCAAUAUAAAUUGUGCGUUGUUGCAUCCCUCUGGCGGUCCUGUUAUUUUCUGGCAGUUUUAGCUCAGUGGAGCUAAACUCAUGGGGCAUGCAAUUGCCAAGAGCACCUGCCUUGUAAAGACUUCUCAUUGAGCUUUAUUGGGAAGUCUGUGAUUGGACAGACACAGAACGUGUAAGCUGGGGAAAAGGGGAGGGCAUGCAAAGACUGCAGACGAGAUCUGCAACUUUUGCAAACUUUUUAGGUCUAUCCCACGAUGAAAAAAUUGAGCAAUAAAUGUUAAGCAAUACUGAUCAAUCUGUUAUCGCUUCAGACUAACGAAAGCUUGUCUUUGAAAUAUUAUGUUAGUCCAAUUAAAAAAAUAAAUCAUUGCAUACUGCAAUAGUCUUGUAUUUUUUUAUUUUUUUUUCCUUCCCAUUAGUGUGCUCCUUUAAGACAGUCAUAUGAAAUUGAAAUUCCUGCAUAACAAAGCGUAAGUUGUACUGGUAUGUUCAAAGGGACUGUGCAAAAAUCCAUAACUGCUUCCUUCAUUCUUCGUAUUACCGGUAUAUAGUAGAAUUGAGCCUCCAAUUCCAAAAUACAUAGAAACAUGUGGUACUCACAAAAUAAGUGCAAGCGCUCCUUCUCACCCAGUCUUGGGUGAUAAUACCACUAUCCCUUCAGUGCUUUACUGCCCUCAUAGUUACAGAUGAGGUAUUACACUACUUCUGCAUUAGCCCUCUUCACAAGUUUAGGUUAUGGUACCUUUUUGCAUGUGUUUCAUUGCAUCUUGUAAGUGACUCACUACAUGCAGUUAUUUAAAAAAAAAACAAAAAAAACAGUUUAGUAUAGGCUUAUUUACCCUAAAUAUCUGCAUAUUUGCACUACUUGGGGAAUAAGGCAAAGUGGAGGGGUUUGGGAGAAAGAUGCCCCUGUCAUUGACCUGUAAAACAAGCAAAUUAGGGAUAAUUUCCCACUGGUUUAAUUCAAAUUUUUAUAUUUAUUUUUAUUUUUCUUUCUAUCACUUUAAUGACUUUUAGGCAAUCCUGUUGUAUGACAACAUUGAGAGCAGAAUUUUUCCUCUUUUUUACAACUGCAAUUAUAUCAUACAUUUUAUAAUUUCCACAGGAUGCCUUGUUUCUUGUCUUUUGAGAUUGCACCGUUCUCAAGACUUGCCCUUUGAAUAUAUUAUAUCGUGAUACUAAAUUCUCACGCUGUUUUCUAACCGGCAGAUAUGCCGGAUUGAAAACACUCUUCAGCUCCUCCCCCUCCCGUGACGUAACUUCAGCCGUUCGGCCAUGACGUCACGGGAGAGGCGGGCACUUGCCCUUUAUAAACUUCAGGGAGUGAGGGGAUCUCCUUAUUACUUUUGAAAAAGGCGCCACACAGCGCCGAAACGCGCGUCAAGUUUAAUGUUAUUUAGAAUCUUAGCCUAGUCAGCUGUACUCUUUACGUUUAUUUACGAAGUUAGAUUUAGAUCUAGGCGGAUCUCCUCUUCUACUAUCUAGAGCUAGAAGCUCAGUAUAGCGCCUAGUCAGUUUACUCUUUACCUUUAUGCAUUAAGUUGGAUUUAGAUCUAGGCGUUUUUUCUUUCUUUUUUCUUUUUUCUUCUUUUUUAUUACACUUAGUCAGAAUAAUGAUUGACUAGCCUAGUUUAGUCAGCCAUCUUUCACUUUGCCGUCUGACUUUAGAUUUAGGCGUACAUUUUGAGUAGUAGCUCAAUAUAUCUAGAUUUUCUUUGCAUAUCUGUUACCCAUAUGGUUACUAUUUUUUAUUUUUCGUUUUGGGCAGCAUGGGGCUGGGUAUUUGGGGAUGAGUUGCCUGUCUGAGAAUCGUUUUUCCCUUCUACUUAGGAAGCGGGGGCAGAUUUCGGAGCUUCUUUCUAUGUACAUGUAACUCUAUUUAGUGCAACACUGUACACCCUGUCUUUUAAGCAAUCUAUCCUAGGGUACAUGGGACUAUGGUUAUAAACCUGAUAAUAGUUUGCUACAAACUAGUAACAUAUCUCUAAUACUGCACUUUUUGAUCUGUAUCUGCAAGCAGCCUAUUAACUUUUGAACCGUGGGGCUGACUUCUAUACAGAUGAUUUGAGGUAUCUGGGUAUCACCAUAUACAAGAGGAAUCCCUGUUUGAUUGUAUUUCUCUCUACUUAAAACAUAUAUUUCUGGUUCCAGUCUACCUCACUGUUAGUAGUCAGCAGUUUUUCCCGCUCGAUUUUUCUACCAUUCCAUUAACGGAUUUAUAUGCUUGCUACAAACUCCAGGGAAUUACACCCCAUCUAUUCGGUGUUAUCCCCACAAUAGGAGUUUGAUUACACUUUGUGCAGAUAUUCCCUGCUCACUAAGGAGCCUUUAGAAAUAUGUUACAUUAUAGAUACAUGUUACUUUGAAUACAUAAGCUCACACUUACCUAUUGGCUUAUAGUAUCGUUUCUUCUUUCUACUUAGAAUAUAUAUUUCUGGUUCCAGUCUACCUCACUGUUAGUAGUCAGCAGUUUUUCCCGCUCGAUUUUUCUACCAUUCCAUUAACGGAUUUAUAUGCUUGCUACAAACUCCAGGGAAUUACACCCCAUCUAUUCGGUGUUAUCCCCACAAUAGGAGUUUGAUUACACUUUGUGCAGAUAUUCCCUGCUCACUAAGGAGCCUUUAGAAAUAUGUUACAUUAUAGAUACAUGUUACUUUGAAUACAUAAGCUCACACUUACCUAUUGGCUUAUAGUAUCGUUUCUUCUUUCUACUUAGAAUAUAUAUUUCUGGUUCCAGUCUACCUUACUGUUAGUAGUCAGCACUUUUCCCGCUCGACUUUUCUACCAUUCCAUUAACGGAUUUAUAUGCUUGCUACAAACUCCUGGGAAUUACACCCCAUCUAUUCGGUGUUAUCCCCACAAUAGGAGUUUGAUCACACUUUGUGCAGAUAUUUCCUGCUCACUAAGGAGCCUUUAGAAAUAAGUUACAUUAUAGAUACUCCGGUGUAACAUGUUACUUUGAAUACAUAAGCUCACACUUACCUAUUGGCUUAUAGUAUCGCCUUAGAGCGAUUCAUAUCUGCCUGGCUGCCUCCUUUCUGUACCAUUAUAAUCUCACGAAUUAUGGUCCAUCCCCUCAUCCCGGACCCCAUGCAUUGUAUUUUAUCUAAUCUCAUUUUUCAAUAAAGUAUUUUUUAUUUUUUUCAUUCAUUCUUUAUUUUAUUUACCUUUGCUUAACCAGGGGAUGUUAUAUAUACCCUCUUAGUGGGCAUACCCUUAGUUGAGUGUAUUGUGAGAGAUAGACGUUGGUUCUUCCCUCCAUACACCCUUAUCUUUGGGUACUUCUCUAUUAGUGUUUUUUGUUGGGUUAACCCCUUCUAUGAUGCCUAUUUAGUCCUUCUUUGACUCCAGGAGUGGAUUGUCUCCAGUCCUGCGGUCAUUGUCCUUUCUUUUUAUCAAAUUAGGGAUAACCACACACCAGAAGGAUUUGGGAAUUGUUAUAGACAACAAAUUAGGCAGCAAUAUGCAAUGUCAAUCUGCAGUUGCUAAGGCCAGUAACGUUUUGUCAUAAAUAGGGGCAUAAAUUCUCUGGAUGAAAAUAUAAUUUUGCCUCUUUAUAAAUCGCUGGUAAGACCACACCUUGAAUAUGCUGUGCAAUUUGGGGCACCUGUUUUAAAGAAGGAUAUCAUGGCACUAGCAAAAGUGCAGAGACGAGCUACAAAAUUGAUAAAAGGAAUGGAGCAUAUUAGUUACGAAGAAAUGUAAAAAAAUGUUAAUUCCUUUAGUUUGGAAAAACGGCGCCUGAGGGGAUAUGAUAACAUUAUACAAAUAUAUUCGGGGGCCAGUACAAACCUUUAUCUGGAAAUCUAUUUAUAAACAGGGCUAUACAUAGGUCACACAUUUAGGCUGGAAGAAAGGAGAUUUCAUCUAAGGCAAAGAAAAGGAUUUUUUUACAGUAAGAGCAAUACGGAUAUGGAAUUCUCUGCCUGAAAAGGUGGUUUUGUCAGUCUAUACAGAUGUUUAAACUGAAAUUGGAUAAAUACUUGCAAAAACAUAACAUACAGGGAUAUAAUUUCUAAUUAGUGGGGUAAUAGCUCAAGGAGACAUCUGACUGCCAUUUUGGGGUCAAGAAGGAAUUUUUUCCUACUUUGUUGCAAAAUUGGAAGCGCUUCAGACUAGGUUUUUUGUCUUCUUUUGGAUCAACAGCAAAAACAUAUGUGAGGAAGGCUGAACUUGAUGGACGCAAGUCUCUUUUUAGCUAUGUAACUAUGUAAGCCCAACCUGUAAGUAUGUGACUGUUGUGUGCAUAACAUUGUGUUUUAUAGUGAAUUUUACAUAAUUUUACUUACCUGUUUCUUUCCUUACAGGGAUGUCAACACUGCAAUAAUGGAACUUCUUAUAAUGGCUUAUGCUUUGAAGACAUCCUGUGCCAAAAAUAUCAUCGGUGUGAUUCCGUAUUUCCCGUAUAGCAAACAGAGCAAGAUGCGUAAGAGGGGCUCCAUUGUGUGCAAGCUGCUUGCAUCAAUGCUGUCCAAUGCAGGCAAGUCUGAUAUUCAUCAUGCCAUUGGCAAAGGCUGUUCAUUAAAUAUUGUAUUUUAAAAUACUUUUUUCACCACCCCCACUCCCCCCCCCUUUUUUUUCUUUCUUCUUUUUUUUUUACUUACUAGUGCAUGUAUGUAACGUCGGUCUCUGUGCUUUCUAGAUGUUCUGUCUGAUUUGACCUUAUGUUCAUUAGUUUUGAUUAAUUUAUUAUUUGAAAGAGAAGCCCUUGUAGGCAGCUGAACCAGAAAGCUUUAACUCUUGAAUUUAUUGAGUGGAUUAAAAGUCAAAAGAGAUGGUACAAACGGACUGUAUAUUAGAGCAAGGCUUAAAAUUUCCACUAGCCUUGGGCCCAUAAACCCUCUAGCAUUGCAGUGGCAAGUAACUUUUAAAGUCUGCCUAGUAGGACAAGACUCGACAGUUUAAGCCAUGCAUAAGACACUAUUUUCUUGCAUAUAAUUUUUAAUUGCAUGGAUUCCUAAGUGCAUAAAAAGCUGAUUUUUACAUUUCCUUGGGUAACCCCUACUGCAUUCCUUUAAGAUUUCACAGCUAUAUAGAGAGCUUUGUAAAUGCAUGGUUUUAUUGGAAAACAUUUAGAUGCAGCAUGUUAUAUAUAUUUCUAUCUUCUAAGAUACGGGUGUUUGACCUCCCUAAUGGUAAAUUACCUUUAUUUAGCUGCGAAAAUUAAUUCCAAUCUACAUUUCCAAACCAUCUACUCGCAAUAUGCAAGUAUUAUUCGUUUUUCUAAUGGUUGUCCAUAUGUCAACUGUCCAAAGUAAAAUCUCUAUACAUUUACAUCAAAUGGCAGAUCUUUUGCUAAGCGGCUAAAUAUCUGGGUGUUUUUUUUAAUUUGCUUUCACUCCACUCAAAAUUGUGACAUACAUAAUGUUGCUUGUCUAAAUUUCUUGCCAGUCAUUAAAUGUCUGUACUUUACCAAUUGCCAGCAAUUAUUACUUCUCAUUUUUACUGAGAGGGGAACUUCACUAUCAGAUGUGCCCUUUUGGACCUAUAUCUCAUAUUGUAAAACUAUUAUUAUUUAAUUAUUUCAGAUGGCUUAUGCUGUAGAGAAAUAAAUUAUUAAAACUAUAAAGAGAUUCUAGAAAACUUAAUCUAAUUUGAGAUCUCCUAAAAAGGCUUUGCUAACUAGGUUAUAUGUUAGCAGGAAGUUUACAACUCUUAGUUGUUCAAGUAUAUUUUAUUUGACCCACCGUAUGUAGUCUGCUAGAAAAACAAGAUAACUCAUUCCUGCAACCUUACUGUCUUCCAAAGUAUCUGCAAUGAUGAUGUAGACACAACUCAUUUUAUAACUAUAUUUACAACACUUCUAUAAUGUAUGCAUAUCUUUCCGGUCUGUUUCUAUUGCAUUAUUUUAGUUACCGCAGCUAAGGCAUAGGUCUUUUUAUUUUUUUACAGGGCUAACACAUAUUAUCACUAUGGAUCUGCACCAAAAGGAGAUUCAGGGUUUCUUCAAUUUCCCUGUGGACAACCUGAGAGCCUCCCCUUUCUUGCUUCAGUACAUACAGGAAGAGGUGAGAAACCCUAGUCCCUCCAUGUAGAAAGCCAUGCACCUGACUUUCUGUAAAUGACCUACAAAUUAUAUAUAUCUCGAUAGUCAAAGAUAUGGCAGUACCUGUUUUGGACCAUAUUCCCACUGACUUGUAUUAUGUCUCUAGUGACUGGAACUCUUGGACUGAGUUGCAAAUCAUCACGAAGGGCAAAUCUGGUAUUCAAUGCACUUACAAAUGUGUAAGAUAUUUUACGGUAUUCUAUGUAUGAAUUGGUGCUUUCACAGUUCUGUCUGCAUGCAGAGGGCUGACUGAUAACGAGGUUGGGGGAACCUAGGCCUCAACCAUGCCCCCCGAAAUGAAAAAAGGAUAGGCACAUGCUAUAGAUUAAACCAUGCCACCAGACCAAAGAUAGCCAAGGUAGAAAUAAAUCAAAAUCAUACUGGGCACAGAUAUAAGGUCCAGGGCAGAUUUAUUGUAUAGAAUCCAGUUGGAUCCUAUCCAGUAAAUCUGCCCUGAACCUUUUACCUGUGCCCUAUCAAGUUUAAUUUAUAUAUACCAGUCUCUGUGUCUGUAAGUAACUGUGAGUGUUCCAAGAGGCAUGUUAAGUGAGAGAGUUUGGUAUUGUCAGGGUUUGGUUUGGACUCAAACCCCAGGUACUUUUUGACCCUUUCAAUGCCCUUGGUGUCAGCAUUGACUGAUGUGGGCCGACACCACUCUCAACAGCAUUUCUCCCACCUUCCCAGUGUUGAGAUGUAGGAUAUCGUAUAGACAUUGACUUGAGCAGUUGCUGCAAUGAUAGAAGUUUUAAAUGACUUGUUAGCAGAUUACUUAUGUCUGCCAUUUGUCUUUUCAGAUACAGGAUUACAGAAAUGCAGUCAUAGUUGCCAAGUCUCCUGAUGCAGCAAAGAGGUGAAAUAUAAGAACAUAAAAUAAGUCCUGCGCUCAGAUUCCCACUACUCGUGGGCAACAGCAAAGACCAUAGUACACAUCAGCCCCAACAAUAAAAGACAAAGAAAAGAGUUACUUGCACUAUCCCAAAUCCCUAUGCAUAUUUAAAUAACUUGAGGUUUUUGGUAUCUCUCCAGUGGCCGUUAGAUGUAAGCUCCCCUGCCACGUCAAGGCAAACCUCUUAGGGUAGUCCUACACUAACAAUUCACCUUGCUUCCUUCAGUGUGACAUGACAGUGUAAUUCUCUACUUCCUGGAUCCUUGACAAUUUUUAUUUAUUUUGAAUUUGCCAGAUAAUAUUAAAGACUCACUCCAGAUUCUUAAAGCACUUAGCUUGCUGAAGUGCUUUUGGUUUUAAGUGUCCCCUUUUUGUAAACUGCAAAAUAAAAGUGAAAAUUUUAAUAGAAAUUGAAAAAUGUGUAAAUUAACCUUUUUACAUCCUCCCUGGCUGUCAGUUGGAAAAAAGUUCCUGUUACUUACUGGGUUGGUUAGCUCAGUGGAGCUAACCUCAAGAUGCAGUAAAUUGCCCAUAGCACUUGUCUUGCAAAGACUUUUCAUUGAGCUGCAUUGGGAAGUCUGUGAUUGGUUAGCCACUGAAAUUCUGGGUGGGGUUAGAAUGGGAAAGCUCCAAAGGCAGCAGACCAGAGAUCUGUCGUUUUUGCAACCUGUAUUUAGGUAGACCCCCAAUAAAUAAAUGCAUAAUUACCCUUGUUACAUAACCUCCGGCUGUCAAUCAGACAACGUGUCCUGUUAUUUCCAGGCUGUUUAGCUCCGUGGAGCUAAACUCAAGAAGCAGUAAAUUGCCAGUUGUGUCUUUAUACUAGACUAUAAGCUCGUCUGAACAGGGUCCUCGUCUACCUAUUGUUCCGGUAGCAUUUUGUAAUUGCCUCGUUUAUUGUUAAAUCUUCCACUUUCAUAAUAUUGUAAGGCGCUGCAGAAUAAUUUGGCGCUAUAUAAAUACCAAUAAUAAUAAUUAUAAUAAUGCAUGUUUUUCAUAUCUGCUUAACAAUGAUUUAUUUAUUUUAAUUUAGGGGGGGGGGGGGCAGUGAAGUUUUUCUUUCAUUGAAUAUUAUUGAAUUGCUGACUCUGGUGGAGCAGAGACACAUUCAUUUUUUUUUAUUUUAAAACCCUACAGCUCUUUCAUGUACAGGGCAAUCUCAUCCUGUGAUGGUCUGGGAGGGCUCCUGCAUGCUCUCUCAAUAUCAAAGUAAUACCAUAUGAGUGACUGUACAUUUGGCAUUCCUUCCAUAGUGCUGUACGUGAGCAUGGCACUGUGAAGGCUAGAUUAAUUUACAUUGCAUACUUCGGCUGUGUUGGGACAGCCAGACAGCUAAUCGGAUUGAUAUUAAAAAUCUAAACUGCAAAGCAUAGCAAACUUUCAUUUAGCCAUCAGGAUGAACUAAAAUCUCACAAGUGACAUUGCACUGUGACCACUGGAAGCGUCACGUUCGUGAGAAACCAAUUUAUCAAACCGCAUCUCUCAAAACCAUUUUACAGGGCACAGUCUUAUGCUGAACGCCUUCGCCUCGGGCUUGCAGUGAUUCACGGGGAAGCUCAGUGCGCAGAGCUUGACAUGGCCGAUGGGCGCCACUCUCCACCUACUGUGAAGAAUACUACCGUACAUCCAGGACUGGGGAUCCCUAGUGAGUUAACAAUUUUUGGGGGGGAUUCUCAUGGUAGCAGCCAUGGUCUGAAUAUUUCACAUCUUUACUUAUUCACAUUUAAAAGAGAACUUUUUGUGGUAUAUAUGUUACAUGCUGAUUUGUGAAUCUGUAUUGGCAGUAAGCAUUUACAUUAAGAUUAAGUUUAAUGUAGUAAUAGAAUUUCUCUUUUCGUAUAUAAUCUAUUAUGUUAAACAGAAAAGUUAAUUUAAAGGGCAGCUACUAAAAAAAAUCCAUAUUCAAUGUUAAAGAAAAAUAUUUUAUAAUGCAAUAUCUUUUCACCCCUUUUCAGCUCUUGAGGUUGGGUGGGGAGGAAAGAUAGUUUAGGAAAAAUUGUUAAUCCGAAUACAUACGUUAAAAUUAGAUAAAUCACAAUACAUUAUUUCUGGUGCAAUACUUUAAUAUUUGAUUUAAAAAAAUAAACAGAUACAUGAAUGGAAAACAGAACAAUAAGGAUGCAUGGGUAAUGAUUGGGAGCUAAAUGUUUGCUUAGGCAGCCAGUCACAUUUUUCCUUCAACUCUAAGCCCUGUGUUAAAGGUAUACCGUAUUUUUUUUACAGACUUAAACUCUAAGACUGUAAAUUAUUUUUAUUUUAUUUAUUCAUUGUGAAAGUUUUUUAAAAGGACACUAUAUAGUGCCCCAUAACUUUGUAUAUUUUUGCCCUUAAAUUGUUAGUUUUCCACAUUUCAGGGCCCCCUUUUUAGUUAUUUUAAAAACGUAGAUUAAAAAAACAAACCCUUUAAUAAACUGUAAUCCAGCGCCAUGAGAACCUAGUCUUUGCUGAUGUCAUCAAGCUUGAUGACCAUUUUGUCCAACCAAAUGCUUCUCACAGAGAAUCCAGAACAUUUCAGAACAUUAAUUCCCUCAUUGUAUUUGUCCCUCAUUAUUCUAAAUUGUAAGCUUUUCACCUACCACAUGUAUUUGAAACGUGUUUUGCUAGAAUAGCUUGUCUUGUUUUACCUGUUGUUCAGUGCUGAAGAAUGUAAGUGCUAUAAAAAUAUUUGUAACUGAAAAUCAUAAUGGACUGAACCACACGAUGCUCCAAUCAGAAGCUUUUCACAGAGAAGCGUUUAAUCCAGUGCUUCUCCUAGAGAAUCAUUGAUUGAACAUCAAGAACAGAGUUUGAUUUGGUUCUGGUUCUAAGGUUAACAGCCACUGGAGGUGUGUUUUGAGACCACUUCAUUGAGAUGGAUGGCCUAGGUGUUUAUAGCGUCCCUUUUAAUCAAUGCCUCUUUCAAAAAAUUGGUUUGGUAAAAAAAAAAGUGGAUUUGGUUUAAUUUUGAGGACAACACAUAAACUGGGUCAUGGAACUUGGCACCACUAUCAGUGCUACAGACGCAUGUGCAAGCCUGAUCCAUGUAUAACACAUUGAUUUUAUUGGAAUUAUUCAGUAAACAUUAAAUUGCACUGAACUGAAAAACAGAUUUAGGCAACAAGAGCUGAUUAAUAUUGAAGAUUUCCUUUAACACACUGCUUGCUCUCCGAUUAUAGGCCUGCCUAUAUUUAUUGUCUAGGCUAGUUCAGUAAUUCUUUGUAAAGUAAUUUGGUGCUAAUUCUGGUUAGUUCUCUCAUUUGGAUUGUAAGAAAUGCAAUUUUAUCCAAAUUGAAACACCAGAAGUUUCCCAAAUGUAUUGCAAUGGCUGUAGAUGAAUACUCUUAUGCAAAUACAUUUUAAUAAAGAAUGAAAAAGCACAAAGAGACUGUGAAUGUGCGUAUGAUUGGUUAUAGUAAAUGUCUAGUGAGAAAAUUAAAGUUGAAGCAUGUGCCUAUUUUGUGCUAGAUUUCAGCUGCUCAAGUUAGACAUGUUUGGAUAAUUUGUGGGUUUGGUUAAUACAGGAUUAGUAGAUUGACACUGCCAUUUCUUGAAGCUCUCGCUUAUGUGCUUCCUGUGCUUUUGACAUUAGGCAAACGCCAGCCUCCGUUUCCAGGCAUAGAACUGCCAAGUAUGGAAAGUGACAUGCUAUUCUGUUACGCUGUGUGCUGUGUGGAUGUUAUUGACUUCAUAAGAACCUGUACUUUCCUCUUCUAUAUCUUCUAUAUCAAGCUCUACUCUGAUACUAACAAAAUUCUAUUUUUUUUUUGUAAGAUUUCAAAUGCAUGUUAUCAGGACAGGCUCAGCUCAGAUUUCUACUGAAUGUAGUAACCUCAAUUAAUGGCAGAUUAUUAGGUCAGACUCAGUAAUGCUUGGUUUGCAUUUCAUAUACUGUAGCCGUGAAAAUUAUCUGGCUAGGCUCAACUGUUUCUGGGUUUGUAUCAAAUUUAGUAUAGCUGCCUGACUCUCAAUUAUCGAGACAGGCUCACUUAAUCCUUCAUUUGUUCCUGAUAUAUAAAAUUUCUACAGCUCAGAGCAGACUUAGUCUUUACUAACAUAUUCAACAGUAUUGGAUACUGCACAGUUGUAAUCAAAAUGAUUCAACCACCAAUAAAAAUCCGGUUUAAGAUAACAAUUUACAGACUUUCAGUUGAAUAAUUCUGAGACUGGAGAAAUCAUACGUUUUUUGUUUGUUUUUUCAGUUAAAUUUGGGGAAACCACUUGAAACAUUUGUUGUUGCCCUAUUUCAAUUGCUUUUGUUUGAUUUUUUUUUUUCAUUGCAAACAGCUGAACGUCUGUAAAUUUUGACAAUAAAGCUGAUUUUUAAUGGGGAGGUUGAAUAAUUGUCAUUACAACUGAAUGUAUAAGAACAAAAUUGUUUGUUUGUAGCUAGAUUGUAUGUUGUGGGACCCUGAAUGUUAGGGAUAGUUGAAUGAAUAGCAUUCUUUUAAGAGAUGUCUUUCAAAGCAAAGGAGAAUGCCAAAUCAAAGAUGUAAGUUCCAAAAAUAUGGAGGCGCUUGGUAACGACCUUGUAUAUGUGAGGAUAAAAAUUAAGUGACAUGUGGAGAGUCUACGGCCAUGAAGAAUAGAGUAGAAAGUAGCAGGAGCAAAACUGUAGAGUAGUGAGAAAGUUUGUCAUAUUGUAAGGAAUUCAAAUUGGAGAGUUUUGCAGAAUUGAUCAUCAGAAAAGGGAGCAGUAUUUGAGAAAGACGAACUGAGUGGUGGGAGUAUUUCGUUUAGAUUGGAGUUACAUCAACAGAUUGGGAGUAGGUUGAAACAAUUAAGACAGACGAUAAGAUUCAAUAGAGUGGAUUGCACAGAUAAAUUUAUAGGGCUCCAGGAAUGAAAACACCAGCAAAUAAAAUCUGACUCCCAAUUGGGGAAUCACAUAGUACACGAUAUUUGUCAGUAAUUCAGAAUAGUAUCUGUACUGUAACAGAUUAUUGUUGCAAGCAGUAUGAAUAAUAUUUGUAUCCACGUAUAACACUCAAUAUUUUUUACAGUCUACUUGGAAAAAACAACCAUUAUGGACCCCUCUAAAUACUAGCCAUAUUGUUGCAUUAAAAUUACAUAUCCCACAGAUCAUUUUAAUAUGACACUAUAGGCACCAAAUCAACUUUAGCUUAAUGAAGCUGUUUUUGUGUAUAGAUUAUGGCCCUGGGGCCUUGCUGCUCAAUUCUCUGAUGUGUAGGCAUUAGAUCCCCUUGUUUAUACUUCCGUAGCCACACCUCCCUGCGUGUGACUUGCACAGCCUUCCUAAAUACUUCCUGUAAAGAGAGAUCUAAUGUUUAAACUUUCUUUAUUGCAAAUACUGCUAAAUUUACACUUUCUAUUGCUCUAUUAAUACCUGCAGGAGCCUCCAGUGUGUGAUUAAAGUUCCAUUUACAGAGCAAGCGUUGAAAAUGUAUACAGCAAGUUAACAUCUAAUUAAACCAUUUUUUUGAUGCAGUCUGUGUUAAUCAGAGCCAGGAAGGUGUUGGUAGGUCUGCGUAAACAUGAACAAAAGUGAUUUAACAUCUUAAAGGCAGAGUAUUAAACAGUGAGACCGCAGUGGCAUGGUCUAUACACCAAAACUGCUUAAUUUAAACUAAAGUUGAUUUGGUGACUAUAUUGUCCCUUUAAAUGAACACUUUAAUCACCAGAACCACUACAGCUUAAUGUAGUGGUUCUGGUGUCUAUAGCCUGUCCCUGGUGAUUUUUCAGUGUAAACGCUGCCUUUUCAGAGAAAAGGGUUUGUUUACAUUGGUCCUUAGUAAAACAUCUAAUGGCAGUCACUCAGACUGUCCACUAGAGUUGCCAUCUAGUUCAGUGCAGCACUGGCGUUCAGCAUCUCCAUGUUCUGUAUGGAGAAGCUCUUCUCUAUGAGGAGAUACUGAUUGGCACAAUCAGCAUGCACUAUAGCCUCACGAUGCUUUUUUAUAGGAAAGCAUUGAAUUGGCUGAAAUCAUCAAGAUUGAUGAUCUUGGCCAUGGUGACAGGGCUAGCCUCAGCGAGACUGUCGGGGCAGAAGAUGUGUGUAAAAUCACCUUUUCAGCUCAAUCUGAGUGGGGCGAGUCACUAAACAGCCACACAAGCAAGGUCAGGCAUACAUGUUUCUAUUUCUGACACUUUGGUGUCCCUUUAACUGAGCAAUCAUGAGUGGAUAGUACAACAGAUGAAUAAAAUAUAUAUAUAAAAACAUGGAUUAGAUUUUAUUCUUCUGUUUUCACCAGAGAUAAAAAAAAAUAUUACUAGCUUACACUGGCAUUUGUUACAAUUUGAAUCCAGAAGUGCAUUUUUUUAUUUUAUUUUUAUCAUAAAAAAUAUGCCCACAAAACUUAGUUGCCAGUUAGACCUAGUGGGAACAGUGAUUAUUACAGUACAGAUACAAGUGUGAAUGAGUGACCAACAAGCUCAUUUGGAAUUUUGUCUGCUGUUUUCAGUAGUUACUUAAAACUAAGUUUUUUGGCCCGAUCGGCAUUAUUUUAGGAGCCAUUAUUUCCAGGCUUGUGAUGUUUGCCAAGUCCUGAUGCACAGCAUGCUUCUCUUGUUUUAGAAAUUUUGCAACUGGUGCUCUAACAGUAAUGCAGUGUACGUGUGCUAACAUGCGGUGCUGUCAUGCAUGUACCAUAAUCCAUGAAUUGAUGAAGCUAAAAUAAAUCACUUGUUCUUUUCUUCCUCGUUUUUCAAGUGAUGAUUGCCAAAGAGAAGCCCCCGAUUAGUGUUGUAGGAGAUGUUGGGGGAAGAAUCGCUAUCAUAGUGGUAAGUCCUGUUUGUGAUAGCUGUUCUGACCACUUGGUACGCUCCUGCACUAUUUGAUAUAUCAUUUUAUUACAUUUAGGAUGACAUUAUUGAUGAAGUGGAGAGCUUUGUGGCGGCAGCGGAAAUUCUUAAGGAGAGAGGCGCAUACAAAAUCUUAGUGAUGGCAACCCAUGGGAUCCUGUCUGCAGACGCACCACACCUUAUAGAGGACUCCUCUAUUGAUGAGGUCACAUCAUACAUAUUCUUGACCAUUACUGUUUAAAGUGUCUCAACUAAAAUUCUUUAUUGUUCUCAUUCCUUUUGUUUACUCCCUCUGUGACUCUCUAUAUAUGUGUACAUACCGUGUAUAUAAUUUAUUUUUCUGUUACUUUCUUUACGGUUACUUUUCCAAUGCAAUUUUCUCUACAUGCGAAUUAUUGUAUUCAGUAUUUACUGUACAUGGGGUUAUUCAUUUCUUGGGAGAUAGAAUUUUCUGUGCAGGCUUUUCAACUUUAAACUCCACAUCUUUGUUUCCCCCUCUCCUGCUCAUUUGUUCUUAACAUGCCCCCUUCUCUAGCAGUAAUACUUUCACCUAAAUGUUAUCUUCUCAUCUGGUUCCAUUCUAUUAAUCUAGAGUAGAAAAACUAAUACACAAGCCUGUGUGUGUGUGUGUGUGUGUAUGUAUAUAUAUAUAUAUAUAUAUAUAUAUGUUAACAAUGUGGCAACCUUCUCAAUUAGACACUUACCAUUUGUCUCAUUCUAAUGCUCUGCUUUUUGCUCUCCUGCAGGUUGUAGUUACAAAUACCGUCCCCCAUGAAGUUCAGAAGCUACAGUGCUCCAAGAUCAAGACCGUGGACAUCAGUCUGAUUUUGUCAGAGGCCAUUCGGCGUAUACAUAAUGGAGAAUCUAUGUCCUAUCUGUUCCGUAACAUUACAAUGGAUGACUGAGUGUGGCUUUCCCCCUCAGCACCCAAAGGGACUGUGCGUCUUCUCUAAGCAGAUAAGGCAGAAUUUGCAAGGUAGUUGAAGGUGGACAGGAGUCUAGUAGCGCCUAAAUUGAGCAUCAUCCUGUCUAAUUUUGCAUAUACACUACGGGCACUUUCACUUUACUGUCGGAUAUGGGGGACCACUGUACACCCUACCAAUACCGAGCAGUAGUGUAGAGCAGAAAUUACGUGAUUGUGGGAAGGGGUUGGGGAUGUGGGAGCACAAGGUGAAGCAUUAGCUGUGAAGACCAACUUUGUCCAUCUAGAAGUGAUUCUUUAAUCUCUUGUCUACAACUUAACUAUAUCUAGCACUUUUGACCAUGACGGGUUAGAGAAGUUGUGAGCAAUCCAUCAGCUCUGACAUUUAAUCCGCCAUUACUGGCAAAAGACAGAAACCCACAAACUAUAUUAAGACAUAGCAUGCACUACGGCUGUAGCUUGUAUGAUUAGAGAGUCCAUGGCAGUGAGUCACAUAAGAUUGCAGAUUGCAAACGUCUUCAAAUACAUGAAAAAAAAAUAUGCUUCUGUAAACAUUCAUGUACAUAGUUGCAUAUUGCGUUGGGUAUGAAAAGGUGUGUUUUCAUCUUGCGUAUUGAUAGUUGAGUACUGUAUACAUAGCCAUCGCAUGUUUCUAAGUAAAAAGUGAAUGUAAUGGACAUAUUAUAAUUUCGAUAUGUUUGUAUAUAUCCAUCUGUACAAGAUACACACACCUACUGUAUAUACAUAGAUAAUUGUAUUUUGUAUGUAGUUUGUGUGUGUAUGUUUACAUGACACAUGCAUUGUACAUAUAUAUUCCCUGUAUAUAAGAAGAUGUUCAGGCCUGCCUCGGGUUGUGUUGUCCAUGCUAUCAUAAAGUUUCAAUGAGCCUCUUAUAAUUAGGACUCCCUAAAUAAAGUCAUUUGGCAUGAACAGCCAAAAACUGUCAAUGUUUUGAAUAAUUUUUACAUUUACACAAUUAUUUUUUAUUGUUAUAGCUGUUUUGCUAUGUUUAUAAUUAAAUGCUAUUUCGAUGAAAAAGAGAAAAAAUCCUACGUUACAGGUGCAGUGAGUUCUUGCCAUGGGUAACCUAUUCUUGUAUAGUUAUUUUGGUUUUAUACACAAAUUAAACAUCAGGACAGGCUGAGACGGCGGUUUUAAACUUUAUAUGAUCUGGUUGCAGGUUAUCGCAUGGGGGAGUUUCUCAGUAUGUUUAUUAUUAUAUCUUACCGUAUUGUUAGCAGUGCAAAGCAUAAAAUAGGGCAACAGGCUGAUCAUGUGGCUCAUGGUAUUAUAUCUGUACAGAAGCAGUGUUAAAGGACCACGAUAGUGCCAGGAAAACGAGUAUGUUUUCCUGUCACUAUAGUGGUCCUUUCAUACUCGUUUUCCUGGUACUAUAGUGCUCUGAGGGUGCCCCCACCCUCAGGGUCCCCCUCCCGCCAGGCUCUAGGGGGUGGAAGGGGUUAAACUUACCUCUUUCUCCGGCGCCCGGCAGGGGAUUCUCCUCCUCCUCUCCGCCUCCUCUCCUCCUCCUCGGCUGAAUGCGCAUGCUUUCCUAUGGACGCUGGCGUCUUCUCACUGUGAUUUUCACAGUGAGAAGCACGCAAGCGCCUCUAGCGGCUGUCAAUGAGUCAGCCACUAGAGGCUGGAUUAACCCUAAUAUAAACAUAGCAGUUUCUCUGAACAUGUGGCCAAACAAAAAAAAACUUUUAAAAUAGCGUCUUCAGCAAAUCAAUUUAAGCAUUACUAUACAUGAAUAGUUACUAAACGUUCAUGAGUCAUUAUUUCUAAGAUCCGUAGGAAAAAACAUGUGUGCAACAUAGGUGUUCAUAAUAUUGAGCCAAUGUGCUACUGUUUUGGGGCUUGGUUUUUUUUGCUCUGAAAGUGGUCAACACUGAAAUGUAUAUUUUUUUUAAUUUUUUUUUAUAAUUCUUUAUUUUACCAUGCAUGAAAAGUACAAAGCAAUGCCACAACGGUGAUUGCAAUCGUAAUGGUCAACAUAUUAGAGACAUUUGUUUGACAUAAUAUAACAUUGCACAUUUUAUAUAUUAAUGUAGAUUUAUCAAGAGUGGAACCAACAUGUCAGCUAAGAGAUAAGACAGGCGGGUUAUUCAUUUAGCAUAAACAAGCUGGCAAUAUUGAGGUAUUAUGGGGUUGCAUGCUUAACCGAAACGUAUCUUGUCUGUGCGCUGCCUAAAAUAACAUGGCUGGAUAAUUUGCUGAAUCUGCGCAAGUUAUAAAAUACAAUAAUACUGAACAUAUAGGCAACAGGCUUGUUGCUUAGAGACGUAGUGGAGGAUAAGCUGAUGGCUAAUGCCUUAACAAGUAUGACUACAAAAAUCUUAGUAGAUAGGCGUUAACACUAGGGACUCUCCAGACAUCGAGCUCUAAUGCCACUUGGUGUUCAAGGUAAUUGGGAGAUGCUGCAUUCUGAGUAAAACAAAUUAAGACUUAGGUGGUGGUAAAGAAUUUGAUGGACUUGUCACGCUUAAGCAAUCCAGGGAACACAGUGCUAGUGCUGGGUUAUAAAGCGUUAUCAUUCUGGAGAUUAAUGCAUAGGCACUGGCUGCAUAACUUAGAUGAAAUGAAGGGCUGUAUGCCCACGAGUAAAGUAUGUUAAUGCCAUUGAGAGAUAAAUAAAAAUCACUGGAUACAUAUCAGACUGUAAUUGCUUCUACAUUUAGAGUAUGUGACUUAAGAACAAACUUUAGAAAGACAUAAACAAUACAUUAGGCAAAGCGUAAGUAGCGUCUCUAAACAAGCUUGAAACGGCUGGGUUUGUAGUAUAUGACACAAUGGCAUCUGCUGGACUUGAGAGAGUCCCAGGAUGUGAGCCGGUGUGCUGCCUCCCCAGCAAUCUGUUAUUCAACCGAUGCCGGCACUUGGGAGACUGGGGGCAUAUUGGUCGCUGGGUUGCUCAAGCCUCUGCAGACAGUCUCUAUCCAGAACAAGGAUGGGGUAUGCAAGGUGGCUGGAUCUUUCUCGGGUUCCAUGUCCUGCCACCCUCUCUCCGUGUAGCUUUUGGGCGAGAUCCUGUUGCUUUCAAGUAGCCCCGAUCAGCUUUGUAGCCGAGGCCAUGGUGGGGUCUGUGGAGGACCUCCUGUGGGGGAGAGUCUCUGCGAGCAGGCCUACCUCCAGGAGCUUGUUGCUUGGGUGAUCUCCUCUUCCGGCGCCUAAGUGUUUUACCGUUCCGCCUUGGAGGUCUCGGCAUGGACCGCUGAGCUGCAGGAGGUGAGUGGUGUAUCAGAGUUUCCCCUCUUUGCCUCUGCUCGAGCUUUCGCCAGAAGGCUUCAUAGAGUAAGUCGAUUUUCGUUAAGGUUAGCUCCGUCUGGGCUCGUGGUGCGGCGAAAUGCCCGGCAUCCGCCAUCUUGGGUCGGCCGAUAGGGCAGGCUUAAUGCCACUGCAUGUGCUUGUGCCUGGCCUCAGCUCCACCAUCACCUAAGCUUGGCUUAGGUGAUGGGGCCGGGAUAACCCGGGGAGGGGGGGGGUAACUGGGUCCCAUGCUUUGUCAGCUUAUUCUGGUCGGAGAGGUAGCAGAGAGAACGGCCGCUUCUCCCAUGCUCUCACCUCCAGGUAGGCCUCAGUAGCGGUUCGGGCUCAAACUGCUUACCGGGCGCCUAUAAACCUUUGGGCUGAAGCAGAGUUGCUUGUAGGUGAACACCAGCGCAUAGAUUGUCGUUUGUUAACUCUGAAAAUACUGAUUUUGGGUUAUGUCGAUUCUUUGUCAGAGCUCACACUGCAUGCGGCCAUUCAGUUUGGCAGACAGGCCCCGCCCCUAUGAAAUGUAUUUUAAUAAAAUAUAUGGAUUCUAUUUUUGUGGAGUUUGAUGGUUAUAACUUUUAUUUCCCAUGUUUGCUUAUCAAACUAAUAAAGCUAAAUAAUUAGGAAAAUGUGAAUAUAUGCAUUUAUUCUUUAAUAAGCAACUCUUGCAUAUCUAAUUACACACUGGUACAAUAAAGGAGGUCUCCAGAUAAUUGCAAAUUGGAAACUCUUUUUGAUUAAAGAGAUACUCUAGGCAUCAAAACAACUUUAGCUUAAUAAAGCAGUUUCAGUGUACUAUAGGUCAUGCCCUGCAGUCUCACUGCUCAAUUCUCUUCCAUUUAGGAGUUAAACUAUUUCAGAAACAAGGGAUUUAAGUAUCGGACACUACCAACACAGUCCUAGGAUUUAUGGACUUGUUUGAUAGUUUUUAUUAGCUUGUCCUAUUUUAAACAGGAGUACAACCCUCUGGUUACACUAUGAAGUACUAAUCCUCUCUUUAAUUAGAAGAAUCUUAUCAUACUGAAGACAAAAAGGCCAGGGAAACUAUGGGUAAAGAAAUAAGAAAUAAACGGGUGUGGGGGGUGGAUCUUAUUGCAAACUUAAAUACAAAUUUUAUUUUGAUUCAUUAUCUAUGAUUAUCGUUAUCAUAGUUUUCUAUGAUUAUUACAGUUCACUUUGGUAAGCAUUCUUAGUAUCAAGGGUAGUGCAACUUAAGUGGGAUACUGUUGCAAUUUUCAAAUCCCUUUCUUCACUAUUUACUUACCAAUGCAAAUAACAGUGUUUUGAUUUACUUGUUCUGUUUAGAUCAUGGGUCGUCAACCUGGUCCCUACCGCCCACUAGUGGGCGUUUCAGGAUUCCAGGUGGGCAGUAGGGAUUUUCUAAUUUUGCGUGUGUCUGUAUGUAUGUGUCUUUGUAAGUGUCGUGUGUGUGUCUGUCUGUCUUUAACUGUGUGUGUAUUUGUAUGUAUGUCUUAUGUGUGUGCCUGUUUGUAUGUAUGUGUCUUGUGUGUGUGUCUGUAUGUGUGCCUGUGUCUGUAUGUAUGUGUGUGUGUGUCUGUAUGUAUGUGUGCCUGUCUGUUAUAGUGGGCUAUAGUAAAUAAUAGUAAGUGGGAUACCUAGCUCAGCCUUCCUACUGGGCAUUGAUAUAAGGAAGGUUUAAAAAAAUUUUAAAAAGGGGGGGGAAGGUGGGGAGGGGAAUUUAGGAGGGAGAGGAGAGGAGCUGACGCACAGAUGAGAAAUCAUAUUAUGCGCAAACAGAGAAGUUGUCUGAAUAUCACCGAAAGAGACCUUAGUUUGUUCCUUACGAAAAUCGAACCAGAUAUCAAAUAUUUAGUCUUGCAGCAUCAACCUCAAGGAUCUCAUUAAUCACUAGUAAAGGUAAUUUCAAUUUACUUUGUUUUCUCAUUAAACUUUAUAAAGUUAAAAACAUUAUAAACAUGCAUUAAGUAGAAAUAAAAAGAUAAAUGUACGUACAUUUAUUUUUUUCAAAACUCCCUCCUUUCUAAAAAAUAUUCCACGCUUGCGCGAAAACUGGUGGGCGGUAAGGACAUUUUUUCAACCAAAAAGAUACAUUAGUGGGCGGUAGGUAGAAAAAGCUUGACUACCACUGGUUUAGAUCAUAGCCUGGCCAGCUGUGCUCUUCUAUGGGUUUUAUUCUAACCGGAUAUAUAAUUAUUCCUUAGUGUUAUUUUUCUUCCCUUUUCCCCACCCUUUUUUCUUAGUUCUUUACAUAUUACUACUUUAUCUGGGGCUUCUUAACCCCGUAAGGACACAUGACGGAAAUAUUCCGUCAUUAUUACCUUUUAUUCCAGAAGUUGUGUCCUUAAGGGGUUAAGAUGAUGGCAUAUCAUCCCGUAUAAUUUGAAUAUACACAUAUUUACUUUUUUUAACUGCUUUAUUAAAUGUUAAGUUCUAAUUGAAAAAUUAUAGAUUUGAGCAACCUUUUUUCAUUCUUUUGUGCAUGUUAUCAUACUGCGCUACUAUAACAGCACUAAUGUUGCUAGGAAUGUAGGUACAUACUUGUGAUAGUACUUAAUGAUACUGAAUAUUUACAUAUAACAUCAUCCAGACUCAAUUGUUUAGAUGCUUUAUAGUUUAAUAUGCGCCUGAACACACUUUCUCUCGAGUCCUAUAUGAUGGUUUAGUUAGGAGUCUGGUACUGUUUAUUUGAUCUCUAUUAAAUUCUAUAGGAUGUUUCUUACCAUGUAGUAUGGAAAUAUAAGUCUAUUUGGCUAUAAUACGAAUCGCGACUCUUAAUCAGUAUAUAUAAUUUCUGCCGACUAGCAUCUUGAUUACUGUAUGCAGCUUGAAGACCUAUCUUAAAGGACCACUAUAGUGCCAGGAAAACAUACUCGUUUUCCUGGCACUAUAGUGACUUGAGGGUGCCCCCACCCUCAGGGACCCCCUCCUGCCCGGCUCUGGAAAGGGGUUUAAACUUACCUUUUUCCAGCGCUGGGCGGAGAGCUCUCCUCCUUCUCUCCUCCUCCUUUCCUCCUCCUGGGCUGAAUGCGCACGCGCGGCAAGAGCUGCGCGCGCAUUCAGCCGGUCACAUAGGAAAGCAUUUACAAUGCUUUCCUAUGGACGCUGGCGUGCUCUCACUGUGAAAAUCACAGUGAGAAGCACGCAAGCGCCUCUAGUGGCUGUCAAUGAGACAGCCACUAGAGGCUUUGGGGGAAGGCUUAACCCAUUAAUAAACAUAGCAGUUUCAAAUGGGUUAACCCUAGAAGGACCUGGCACCCAGAACACUUCAUUAAGUCCUUUAAUAAUGAAAAUAUGGUGAUAACAAUUGACUAAAGUUAAUGUCAAACAUUUCAAGUAUCACUUGAUAUGAAGAAUUUCCCUCAAUCUGCACCAACUACUUUUUAAACAUCCUCAUUUCUGGUUUGCCCCUGAUGAGCAAGGUGAAAAACAUGUUUGGUACAGCUCAGAUGUAGCUUAGAGUGAUUGUAUUUGAGAUGCAGUCAGGUUUUCGAACUUGCUUCUAAACUAUUUGUUUCCUUCAUAUUACUGGGACUUAACACCAACAUGUCUUUUUACAUUAUACCUUUAUUUGUUUACUAAUGAUUUUGGAUUAAAUGGGGGUGUCUGCUAGUUUACACUUCAUAUCAUAAGUAACUGAUUUCUAUGUUAGCAGGUCAUGUUUAACCUUAGAGCCUUAUGAUUGAUAGGGGUUCUCACUUAGACGUUUUGUUUUUGUUACUGGAUUUACAUACUAUUUUUUUCAGAAUUAUAACUUUUUAAACAUAUAUAUUUUUUGCCUUAUUAUAAGUGCAUUUGGAUUAUGUGAACUGAACUCAAGAAAGUGAUUAUAAUGAAAACCUAC